AUGAAUAGAUUGAUAGUGUUAUCACUGAUAUGUCUAAUUAGUAUCAGAGGAUUUGAAAUUGAUUUUUCAUUACUCUUACAAGUAUGAAUUAUUGUAAUAAUUAAUCAAAAGACAGGAUCUGAAUCAAAUGAUGCAGUUUAAGCUGUUUAUGAUUUAUUAAAUGAUUUAAAGACAAGCAAUAUAGAAGCAUAAGGAGUAGCAGAUGAGAAGAACAUUUCAGAUGAAGAAAUAGGAUAAGCUAGAAUAGCUGCUUUAUCAAAAGUUAAUGAAUUAAAUCAAAAGGCAUGGGCAAGUGCUAAGGCUAGAAGAGAAUAAAUAGGAAUUGAAUACAGAGUAAAAAUUAGAGUAAUAUAUAGGAAGCUACAGAUUAUAUUGCCUGGGCUACAUAAAGAUUAGCUGAUAUUGAUAGAAGAUCUGUUGAAUUAUAAGAGUUAAGAUGUUUUUCUAAUGGUUUAUUUGUGAGAGCAAUUAAAUAACAUAAUGAUGCUUUAGGAGUUAUUAGAAUUUUAAAGAAUGAUUUAAGUGGAUAUUUAACAGGACAACCAUCUUCAUUAGUUGAAGUUAAUGUAUAAAAUGUAUCAGACAAAUUGAAAUAAUACAGUCAAUUAUUUAAUCAAGAUGCAAUGACAAAAUUUGCAUAAUUAGCAGCUGAAUAGGCAUCAGGAAAUGCAGAAUUACAUGCACUUGGUUAAGAUGAAGGAUCAUCAACUGAUAGAUAACCAGGACAUAAUAUUGGUUAAUUGGUUUAUAAUGCUCUUUCAGAUCUUGAGGAUUAAUUGAAAGGAUCAUUAGCCAAUUUAGAGGCCAAUGAAAUAGCUGCAUAUUAUCAAUUAGCCGAUUGGUUAGCAGAUUCAGAAUCUGAAGUAGCUCAUCUAAAUGAUGAAAUUUAGAGAAAGACUUAAUUAUAAGAUAAAUUGGUUGUGGUAUGUUAGAUUUUUAAUAAUUGUAAAGUAAGAAUAAGCUGCCCUUGCUGUAUAAGCCAAAGCUAACAGUGUAUUAAAGGAUUCUCAAAAUGCUAUUAAUGCAGCUACAGCAUCUUUGUAAGAAUUGAGAGAAUUAUAUGAGACUGAGUUGAAUAGAAGAAAUGGUAAGUAUAUCAAGAUUAUUUUAUAGAGGAGAAUGCUAUAAUAGAUGAAGUUAUUCAUAUUUUCAAAUAAUAAGUAUUGGAAAUGGCUAAUUAAACUUCUUUUGGAAAGAAAUGA